AUGGCGUCUUCUGGUAUAAAUAAUGAUGAUAAAGUAGAUCUAAUGGAUAUUAAAGGAAAGAAUCGAAUUUCUCGGAGUCCAAAUUUGACUGAGGCCGUAAGCAAUCAUUCCACUGAAAUACACGAUGAUUCAAAAAUGGAUGACCUUAGGAUAUCUUCUGAUAAAAGCAUGCUACAAAAAAAGCUAUCAGAUAAUGAAAAUGUGCUAGUAAUGAAAACAAAAAGCUAUAACGAACAGGUUUCAAGGUUGCAAAAUCAAGUAAUUAAGCUGCGUGCAACUGUAGAGAGAGGUGAAGCAGUUAAACAACAGCUCGAUUAUGAACUAUUAAAAGUAAAUAAGGACUUAAACCAUGAACGAAGACAGGCAUUAGAACGAGAAUCAAGCCUAAGUGAAAUUAAUAAAUCCUUAAGUGAUCAAGUAAGCAAGGCAACAACUAAAUGUCAAGAGUUGGAAAAUAGUAUGCAGCAUCUUCAUUUUAGAUUACAAGAGGAGCAGAAAAAACAGCAAAUGUUAAUUGAAGAAACAGAUAAAGUCUUGAAUUCACUACGAGCUGAACGCGAUGUUAUUGAAAAUGAUAACCAUAAACUCCAGCAGACCGUACAGGAUUUGCAAUUACAAAAUGAAAAUUUUUUGGAAAAAUUGGCAACAGCGGAAGUCCGCUAUAGCAACCAAAAUCAAACCCUACAGCGUCAAGCUGAUGAAUUAAAAGGCAUCACGUCUAGGAAAGAAAGCUUAACAGCAAACUUGGAGUCUGCCCAUAGAAAAAUUCAAAAUUUGGAAGAGAAUAUUGAAGCAGAACGUGCUGCUCACUUAGAAUCUAAAUUUAAUUCAGAAGUUAUUCAGUUAAGGGUUAGAGAUUUGGAAGGCGCUCUAGAAACUGAGAAAGCAAUCAGAAACGAUGCUAAUGAAAAUAUAAGAGGCCUUCAGAAAAAGAUAAAAGAACUGGAGAUACUGAAAGAUGAAAAAGAUCAACAGCUUUCAAAUCUAACUGACCAAUUAAGGAGCUUACUGGCUGCAAAAUAUGAAUUAUUUCUUAUCAGUAUCAAGACGGAAUACAGCAGCAACCAAGAGACCCUGUUACGUGAAGUCGAAGAAAAGCAAAAUAUUGUUCAAGAUUUAUCCCGACAGCUAGAUCGACAUCAUAACAAUUUUCUCUCUUUGCGAGAUGAAUUAACCAAGACUAAGAGAAGGCAGAAAGAACUGCAGGAAGAAUAUGGAAGCAGCACUAAAGCGCUAGAAGAGCUUGUCCUGUCGUUUUCUAUACCACCGAUAACCAGUCAAAUCCGUGAAUCGCCGACAAUAAAACCGUCAACAGCAUUAAGUUAUCUAAAAAAGGAAGUUGAGAAGCUCUCUACUGAGUGUGAAUCUUACAAAGAAAUGAUCUGGUCUAGAGAUCAUGUCGUCGAGAAAACCAAAGAUGCUCUAUUAUCAGCUCGUAACGAUUUAAAAACGGCAAGAGAAGACCUUAAAGAAAAUCAAAACGUCAUCAACAAUUUACGAAUUCAAUUACAGCAAUUACAUCAAAAUUUAUCUCACGAGUCGAAUCUAAAAGAAAAAUUAAACGACGAGUUAAUGUUAACCAAAGAGCAUUACCAAAAGGAAUUGGAGGAUCGGAAACAAUUCCUUCAUACCCUAAAUCAGCGUUUUACUUCCAAUAAUCCACCAACUGCGGCUUUAAAUUCAACGGAAAAUGACGUCCAAAUAUUAGAAAAAGCUUGCCAAGAUAGAGAUCGUGCAUUGCAAAAAAUGCAUAAAACCCACGAAGAAACUUUAUCCAAACUAUUAUCUAGUCAUACGGCGAAAGAACGCAAACAGCAAGAGGAAAAAACAGAAUUAGAUGAGCAUUACAAUAAAAUGUUGCUAGAUCUACAAAAUCGUCUAAAGGAUAGUCAGAAUCAAAUUCGGGAGAUGGGGAAUGAAUUUCGUAAAUUAACGAGCAAUAAAGAAGAACGGAAAAAAGAGAAUUCUGUUUUAAAGAAGCAUUUCACUGAAUUAAAGGCUAUGAACGAUGCAUUAAAGAUCAGCUGUAGCUUACUCGCUGGAGUGCUAUGGCCGUUACAAAAUCGUUUUGCAGAUUUAAUUACACAGAGAAACGUAUUAACUCAACUAUAUGCAAAGGCUGAAGAAUCGAAAUAUCAUUUAAAAUCUAUCUGUGAUACCUUACAGCAAGAGAUGAAAGAUUCAGCCAUUAUUCAAGCAAAUAACGAUCAAAAUUCAUGGGAUUUACUACCCAACAAGAAACGUCGCAAUAUGUUUCAGUUAUUCCGUGUUGGAGCCAUUGCAGUUCUAGCAGCUAACCGAUUAGUUCAUUUAGUUCGAUGCAGCCAUUUUAAGUUUUUUACUGUGCCUCAAAUAUUCAAUGUUGGGAUAUCGUCGGUUUAUUAUGGUGGUUAUUUUAAUGUUCCUAAAGCAAGAUUUCAAGGUAUUGCAAGUCAGUCACCGGCAAAAGCUAUGCUGAACUCGGUCGCUGCUACAGCAUGGCUUACAAGUCCAAGCCUCCAAAUGCGAUUGAUCAAGGCUGCAUCCGAAUUACAGCAUUAUUUAACAAGAGAAAAGCCGGAUUCCUAUUUCAGCCAAGAUAGUGAAUUGCCAUACAUUGCUCAAAGUACUUUUAGUAAAAUUAUCCGGGCUAUUGAAGCGGAAUUUUCAUCGUUAUCCACAGAAAAAACAGAGAUAGAAGCUGCAUUUAUGUCAAAACCCUUAACCUUUUGGCUUGGUCGAGGAUUUGAAAGAUAUCAAAAACGUACCUCUGUUGAAAAUCAAGAUAUUGUAGCACUAUCGGAAGUUAUACCUGAUCUGCGAAAUAAGCUGUUAGAGCUUACUCGUAGACUGCACUCAGCAGAAAUUGAAAGAAGAUCCUUGAGAAUAGAAGUAACUAAACUGCAGCAAGAAUAUUUUGAUAAUAAGAAAAUGAGAGAAAAGACGACAGAGCUACAGAAAUCUCUGGAUGAAUUACACUUAAAGUAUAACGAAAGUGUUCCUGAAGCCAAAUUUGAAACCAUUUAUAAAGAAUUACAAAACGCAUUACGUCGUGAAAGCGAAGCCCAAAAUUUACUGAAAAUCCAGUCCCAACAAAUGCAAGAUUUAGAAUAUCAGAGAACAAAGUAUUCGCAAGAACAAGUUGUUAAUGAGGCUUCCAUAACAGCUAAGGCUAAGGAAUUAUUUAAAAUCAGAGAAGAUUUAGAGAGGAAAGAUCGAUCACUUUACGAGGUCAAUCAAAAUUUUAUUCGAUUGGAAAACGAUCAUAAAUCGGUAUUAGCUGAACUUACCAAAGCUGAGAAAUUGGUUAAAACAUCUGCAAAAGAACGGGAAGCUCUUUUAUGUUAUCUUAAAGCCGUAGAGGCCGCCCUUGAGCAGAGUAAGCAACUCGCUCAGUCGCGAAAUUUGGGUGAUGCUAAUCCUUACCAAUAUAUGUUACCAAAGUUAAUCCUUCCAAGUGAACGCCUGGAAGCUGAAGGUUUUAAAGUUGGGCCAGAGAUGUUAAGCUGUCAGAGCGUUGUGAAAGCUUUUAUGGAAGCCCAACAGCAGGUUCUAUCUAAGGUUUCAGCUCUAGAAAGUGAACUAAUGCCUUAUAAAACGCAUAUUGGUACGCUUAAAUCUGAAUUGACUGCGGCAUGCCAACGCCAGGUUAAUGAUAUGGCACAUACUUCACAUCAAUCGGCAGAUCAUGGAAUGAAAGGAAGUAGAGAAUUUCGAGAACAGCCGCCAACUGUUGCCACGGAAGAAUUAAACAAUUAUAAUUUUAUACCUCUUAAGCGAUACCAGGACACGGUAGCAAAUCCUGGAACAACUCGAGAAUAA